GAGUUUGACAAGAGGGUUAUCAAACUCCCCAGCUUUGCUUCCCCAAGAGGGUAACCACCACAGCAGGUGCUGCAAGCCAUAAGCGCCCCCACCAGCGCUAUGGGCUCAGAAGUCUGGGUCGGCACUUGGCGGCCACAUCGGCCCCGCGGCCCCAUCGCGGCGCUCUACAGAGGCCCGGGGCCAAAAUACAAGCUGCCAACGAACACCGGUUACAAACUGCACGACCCGUCUCGGCCGCGAGCCCCCGCCUUCUCCUUCGGCUCGCGUCCACCCUUGCGGCAUGCAACCUGCGGACCAGGGCCGAGUUACCUGGUGCCUGCUCGCAUGACUGUGCGCGGCACAGCUGGCUCCCCGGCCUUCUCCAUCUACGGUCGUCUAAGCCACACGGCGCCUGUCCUCACUCCGGGACCGGGCAGGUACUACCCAGAACGCGCGAGAAAUGUGACGCACCCCAGCGCUCCUCGGCAUACCAUCGCUCCCCGAAACUGGGGCAUCCUCGCAAAGCAAGAAACCCCAGGUCCUGGGUCCUACACCGUGCCUUCGCUCUUGGGCUCACGAGUCAUAAGCAAAGUCUCAGCCCCAACUUACUCCAUCUACAGCCGCAGCCCUGUGGGCAGCUGCUUCGAGGACCUCAGCAAGACCCCAGGCCCUUGUGCCUACCACGUAGUGAAUCCUAUGAUCUACAAGACUCGAGCCCCGCAGUUCACGAUGCUGGGGCGGACUCUGCCACCCCAAGAGAACACCAAGAAGCCAGGACCUGCAUCCUACAGCGUGGACAAGCACCGGAAGCCUCGUGGCUGGAGCUUCGGGAUCAGACACUCAGACUACCUAGCCCCCAUGAUACAGUACCACGUGGACGACUGAUGCCAGCAAGCACGCGCACACAGGCUCUCGGUUGUUUACUUAAAGCUUUCUAAGUCA